UUUCGUCAGACAUGUAACAGCUGACCGCGUAUCAGUCCUUAUUUGACAGUUAGGCACGCUGGUCAUUUAACCAGACGUCAAAAGUUAUAUCCUCUUUGAUAAAUGUUCCACUAGCUCAUGAUUAUCUAUGAAUUUAGGCGUAUUCAACAGAGUUAAUCUCAAGGAUUCCGGAGGAGGAAUGUAUUCAGAAUGGGCAUCACUGAGUGCUUUGAUACAGAGAGGCUCAGACGAGAGCCGGAGUGUCUUGGAAAAGUUGUCGCCAGGAGCUGGACGUGAAGUCGCUCUUCCGGUUGUCAGACAACUGGCCUCCAAUUUGGGAAUAACUCAGGCUGCGGAACCGAGUCCUCUGACAACAGACAAGGAGGUCCAGUGGUGCAUGGAGGUGAUAUGUUUCGGGCUGUCAUUACCUCUGGCUGAACAUGACACAGUCAGAGACUGCGUUAAUGUUUACUGCGAGUGGCUGUCGGCUUUGUACGCGUCACCAAAGAUCUCGGUACCAAAACCCAUAGUCGAAGAUCCCAAUUUCUAUGCUAGAAAAAUGAUCAGUCAUUUCCACAAUUUGUUUGUCCCCAGGAAAGGUGAAGUCUGGCCCUUUUUAUAUCAGGAUUUAGGUGCUGAUACAAUAAAUCGUCAAGCAGUUCUUUGCCAUCGGGUACUGAGGACUCUCCAGCAAGUAGCAAGAAGUCCGGGUACUUUGGAAAGUGAAACCUGGGAAAGUUUGUUAUUAUUUUUAAUUGGUAUAAAUGACGCGUUACUGGCACCACCUGCUGUAAGAGAAGACGCUGGAGAGCAACUUUGCGAAAGAGUUCUUGGUGUUUUACUUGAAGUAUGGUUGGUGGCCUGUGAGAAGAAUUUCCCGUCUCCUCCGCUGUGGCGAACCCUCAGAGAGUCUUGUCUGCGUUGGCGCCAUCGUCUCGCCUUGAUAGAGCAGUGGAACCGCGUUUGUUUGGCUUUGACUGCAAAGUUAUUGAACAUAAUGUACGGGCCGAGCUUUCCGGAGUUAAAAAUAAGUGAAGAAGAUGCACAAGUGGUACCACCGACGAUGUCCGAUGAGGCGGUAGCGCAAGCAUGGUACCGACUGCUACGCACUGUUGGUGACCCAGUGGAUUUAUGUAGACCAGCUGUCAUAUCACAGACACAGGCGUUCUUACAGUACGCAAUAGCCAGUCCCAAUGUUGUCGAUCCUUGUCAUCAUCCGUGUCUUCAAAGUUUACCGCAGAUUUUUUUAAAAGCUAUCAAAGGAAUUGCCGGACAAGUUGAUGCAUUUCUCGGAAUAUCACAAGCCUGCUGCUGGGAAGAAUGUUGCGCAACUAGCAGCAGCACACCAGGAUCUAGCAUACAUGGAGUGGGAGGCGUUGGCGCGGACAGGAUUAGCAACAAAGAUCAGCCACAGCCGUCGCCUACGCCUCCAACGCAACGGCGCCUUGCCAAGAGUUUCAGCGUCACACCUUCUGCCGUCACUAAGGGAAUACCCAAAGCGUCUCUCAUUGGAUUGACGAGCAGCAGACUUUCUAACACACCGCCCACUAUUGCUAAUUCUGGACCAUCUUCUACGUCAAGCACAGCGUCCGUGACAUCUCUUGGUCACGAUGUGAGACCUCCUUUGGCACCAGGUCGACCUAAAUGCAAUAGCAUUCUACAUUUAUUUGGCGAAUGGUUAUUCGAAGCGGCUUUUAUUGGUACCGAGGGAUGGUCACAAAAUUUACCGCGUUCAAAGCGACCAUCAUCGGUGCUAGUUGAUGGUCCCAGUUCAUUGCAAGAGACAAUAACUGAAAUCCCAUCGUCCCUUAGUAUCGAUCGUUACGAAUCCGGUCGAGCGGAAGCUAUGGGUGCACUUUGUCGUAUUUUCUGUGCAAAAAAAACAGGCGAAGAAAUACUACCAGUCUACCUGGCGCGAUUUUAUCAAGCAAUGAACCAGGGUCUCAAAGUCAACGAGCCCCGAGAAUGCGGCGAAACUCUAGCGAGUAUUCUAACAAACUCCGCAGAUCUGUUUCGAUUGGAUUUAGAUGGGAUUGAAAUACUGGCACCCACAGUUAUAAAUGCUCUGGAAUUAGUUCUGCCUGACAAAGAUUUAAAAUUAAAGUCAACAUCAGUAUCAAAAAUUGAUUUAAGAAGAUCGUCAAUUCAGUUGCUGAUAUCAAUGCUAGUUUUGCCGAUUCAUUAUCAGAAUCUUCCAAUACGUGAACUACCCACGCCUGGAAAUAUUAAUCAAGACAAACCAUUAAUAACUUUUGGACAACUUAAGCCAAGGCUAAUGAACUUAUUAAUUAAUGCUCUGCAAGUAGAGACUGAUCCUCUAAACACGCACAUGUUACUUGGUGGAUUAUUGCUCAGCGUCCAAGACUCUGCAACGGUUGAAGAAGUAGAACAGUCGACAACUCAAGACACGUUGACUAACGAAACUCCGACGAAUUUGCUGUCAUCUGUCAGCAGCGACUCGACCAGUCAGAUAAGCAUUUCAAGUGAUCAACGAUCGCUCAGCGAGACUUCUGACGGUGGUACUGUCCAAGAAGAAAGUCCGUCCUUUGAUUCAGCUCACGCUCUUUUUUUGAGAGCGACUUAUCUAGUAUGUCAUCGGUUGAUCUCAUCAUGGAAGACAGAUCUCAAUAUUUCUCUAGCCGCUCUCGAGUUACUGUCAGGUCUAGCGCGAACGAAAAUACGCGAAACAGCAAGACGAUUGACAGACGCCUUGGAAUGUAAGAGAGCCGUGAAAUGGUUGUGUGACUACAUAACUUAUCAAUGCUGGCGACCACCUCCAGCUCACUCCAAAGAUUUGCAUUCCUCAAUAGUCGCGGCUUUCGGUUGCUUGACGACUUGGCUUACAGCUCACCCCCAAUUACUUCAGGACAAAGAUUGUCUGACAACUGUUUUCGAGGUCGUGGAACUCGGCAUAUCAGGAUCAAAGAGUGUCGGCAAACCUGGCGAGCCAAUCAAAAUGAAAGAUAAAAAAGAAUUGAAACCAGCAUCGAUGCGAGUACGGGACGCGGCGGAUGCGCUUCUUACAGUAAUUCUUGAACAGGUUGGAUAUUUUCCUAGUCCAUGUGGUGCUCAGUCUCUUUCAUCGCUCAUAGAUGAAAUAGUUCUUGUGCAAAAAUGUAAAAAUAAUAACAAUGAUCGUGUUGGUCGUCAAGCUGCUGUAGAACGUUUCCGAUAUUUUGUUGCGGAGAAUGCAACGAUGCUGGCUUUGCUAGAAGAACCACUGGCACAUCAAACGGAGCCUCAUCCAACAGUAACCGUUUUAAUUCGCGGGCCAUUUGGUAGACAUGCCUGGACGAUGCAACUCCGUCAUUUACCUAGACAUAAAUCGGGCGUUCGUAGCAUAAAUUCUAAACCCGGAAGGCCUUUGCCUUUGUCGGACCCGGCACCUCGCCCGGAGUAUAAACCAAAAUUUUUCCCUGAUAAUAUUGAUCGGAUACCGCACUGUAAAAUAGAUGAAUCGAUACCUACUCUUGAAGCAGUGAUGAAUGAAACGGAAGAACUGAGACAACAGCACCAGUUAUUUUCACAAUUACUGGAGCGACAAAUAGAACUUGAGAAGCGACUUAAUGAAGAACUUAAAUCUAAAAAAGAUGAUAAUUUUAAAGAGUGUGUUCCUCCGGAAAACUGCGAAGAAUUUCAAACCGCAAGAUUAUUUUUGAGUCAUUUUGGUUUUUUGAACUUCGAAGCAACUGAUGAAAAUAGUACUGGAGGAUUAAUAGCACUAGAUCAAAUGAUUCCAGGUUUUUGCACGGAUCUUGAAAAUCUUGAUCAUAUAAGUCCAAGAACCUGUGACACAGUUCAUAUAUUUUAUGUAAAAGCCGGUCAAAAAAAUCCAUCGGAAAUCCUAGCAAACGUUCAACAUCACACUGAUGUGUCUCCACAUUUUAUGGAGCUGCUGAGCUCACUCGGCUGGCCUGUUAGUGUUGCCACGCAUGCAGGUUGGACUGGUCACGUCUCAACAUCCUGGCGAGUCUCUACGCAAUCCAGUAAUUCGCGGGCAUUGAGUUCCGAUCACGGUGGGGCAGUUUUCAAUGGGGAGACACAUGUUUUAUAUUGGGCAGACGUGAGUUCAGAGAUUGCAUUCAUCGUGCCUACUGGCUCUGCUCUAACGCACUUACCAGACAACCUAGAUGACGUCAGCUACAACAGUGAUACCAGUGGUGGACAACCCUGGUAUGAAAGAAGCAUCAGCGAAGUUACUGCUCGUGUUGGAUCCUCCCAGUCUUACGGAACCAGAACGAUGUCUCUCGAUUUGGAAAAACAGCCGCCAAGUUUAACUGGAUCCGGUCCGUCAAGUGUUUCUAGCAAUCAAGAACCCACAAGAACUAGGCGGACUGCAAAACAUUCUCUUCCUUGGCAAACCGACACCAGAAUUAUGGUCGUCUGGCUCGAGAGCUUCGAAGAUUGUUUCAAUUUUCCCAUCGCUGAACUUUUACCCUGCACUCACACGGGUCUAGAAUCAUUCCGAGUUUUGCAACCAUCUGAUGUCCAUGUAAUUUUCCUCCAAGCCCUAGGAAACGGAUUACUUCGAGUCAAAUUACAGGGUCCAGUGUCUAGAAUAAAUUUAGCGACGCCAUUGAUCGAUGGCAUGGUCAUAUCACGGAGAGUUCUGGGGACUCUAGUACGACAGACGGCUUUAAAUAUGGGACGUAGAAAAAGGCUUGAGAACGAUAGUUAUCACCCGCCGCACGUGCGUCGACGAUUGAAGAUUCAAGACAUAGUACAAAAGUAUAAAAGAGAUUUAUCACGGCCCGAGUUACUCACUCUUUUAUUCAGUCGGACAUCAAUAUAGAUCAAAAUAUAAAUAUAUGAUAAUUAUAAAUAUAUAAAUAUAUAAUAUAAUCAAUUAAAAUAUUUUUCAAUUAU